UAAAUAUGAACUUAAUUCGAUUCUUUGGUUUUCCAGGAAUUGAAUAAAUUAUCGUCAGAAAACAAAAAGUUGAGGGAAAGACUUGAUAAAGUUGAUCGUGAGUUGAUUGAAGAACGGAAGAAGUUCGAUGAAGAGGUUCAUCUUCUUCAUCAAGAGAAGGAGAAACUUAAUGAACAUGUCAUGCAUUUGUCUCAAAAAUCGCGUGAAUUAUGCAAAGAUGUUGAAGAGAAAGAAAGGAAAAUAUUGGAGGAACAAACUUACAAGGAACGAGGGUUGAAUCAACAGAAUAAAAGUUUGAACGAUAAAUUGGAAUGUUUGAAUUGCAAGUUGUCAGCUUUAUAUACUGAGAAACUGGGAAUAGAAAAAGAUCUUGAAAACAUUGAGUUAAAACGCGAAGAAGAGAAAAAAAUUCGUGACGAAAAUGAAGAAAAACUUCGAACAGAAAACAAGGAAAUUCUUUCAAACGUUGAAAGUUUGCAACUGGAACUUGCACAUGUUAUUUCAAAGGCGAAAGAUCUUUCGGUGGAAUUUGAACACAAAGAACAUUGCUUCACAAACACAAUAUCUGAUGUGUGUCAUAAGUUGUCAUUGUUACAUCGUAAUAUGAGACCGUUGUCUAGUGAUCUGAGAUCCUUUACAUUCCCAGCAAGCCAAAGUGCUUGCAAGAAGUCACUCGCAGAACUCACAGAAAUAUCUGAACUCGUCAGUCGAGCUGGCAACGAAAUAUUAAGCGAGGUCGUUCGACUGCGACGAGACGCUCGUAAGCGACCCGAUUUCAUGUCCACGCUUCGUAGCAACAGUGAUGCUAGCAUCGCUUCUGAGGAAGUUAAAAUGCUACGAACAAAGUUAACGGACAAGGAUAAUGAAUUGCAACAUCUUCAAAAAACAAUGAAUGAAUGGAAAGAUUCAACCACACAAAGACUUGCCAAAAAGUUUCAAGAAGAAUUAAAUUUACAAGUUGAAAGAAAGAUCUCACAGCAAAGAAACGACCAACUGCGCCAGAUGCUUAACGGGGCAAAAGCACCCGACCCUCCCACCUACCAACACAAGCCACCCAACCCCACUAAUGGAACAAGUACUGUGAAACUUCUUUGUCAUUUACAAGGGAGGGUGAAGCAACUCAGAACAGAGAAUGAUCUUCUUCGUUCCAGCAGCUUCAUCAGUGAACUAACAGACCAUAGAAAUCAUGAAGGAUAAAUUUUAUAUUGUUUCUAUUUCCCUGUAUAUGUUUAGUCAAACUAGAUAGAUCCACGUUUAAUAAAGAUCUUCCAACUCUGCUUAGUUUUUAAAAAGUGCCAAAAACUUUGCCUGUAACAUCCUAAUCUAAGGAGCAUCAAGACUUGGUAUAUGUCCUUGCUUGGCAGUUACCCACAAAGUUGCAUACGUGGUAACAUGUAAGCUGACACAAGGUGUAUGAAACAGAACACCCGUGUUAUAACUACUGUCGUUGUCCGCCAUGUGAAAAUAAAUUGUGUGUUUUAUGUGAAUGUUAAAAAUCACAUUUCUAAUCUAAAAUCAAGACCCCACAUACAAGAUCUUCCAUUUCACUUUUUUUGGAUAUUUUAUAAAGUUGUUAAUUAGGUUUCACGAUCUAUAUUGUCUCAGUAUUAGCAUAUAUUGUGCGUAACGUUAUUUGCAAUAUCCAUGCAAUAGCACACUUUAGUUUUGGAAUAAAAUCACCACUG